AGAGUAGAAAGACUUUUUAUGUUUUUAUCUUCUGACCUUAACAAGGCAUACGUAAACUUUUUGCUGCAUAUACUGCCUGUGUUUGAACAUUUUAAUGUGACAUUACAGUGUAAAUCUCCAAAAAUUCACAUCCUGAGGCAGUUGAUGAAUGAACUUUUUAAAACACUUUUAUCCAAGUUUAUGUUACCAAAUGUUGUAAAAUCUUCUAAAUCAUUUUUAGAGGUAAAUUUUUAUUCAAGAGAUAACCAAAAAGAUGAUGUUGAUCUAGUUGUAGGACAGACUACGAAUAAAAUUGUUGAGUCUUUGAGUGAUAAAGAAAAGAAAUCAUUCUAUGCACACAUCAGAAAAUAUUUUGUCAAAGUAUGUGACUAUAUGAGACAGAAAUUUCCCUUUAAUGAUGAAGUAGUAAUUAAUGCUGAAUUUGCUAAUAUGGAAAACUUUGACAAAGCAUCUUUUUCUAGUGUCAAAUUUUUUAUUGAUCGUUUUCCAGGACUGUUGAAAUCUUUAGGUGAUUGUUCAACAGUUGAUGAAUUGCAGUCACAAUUCAAUUCUUUGCAGCUGGAAGAUUUUCUUGGUUCUCUUGAGUCAGAGCAAAGAAUUGAUUCUAAAUGGGAUAAAUUGUGUGCCAUGUUUAAAAAUAAAUAUGAUUUGUUAUCUAAAUUCAUGUUGUCAAUACUAGCAAUACCACACAUCAAUUCUGAGUGCGAGCGCAUAUUUAGUUUGGUUACAAAAGCACACACCCAGUUUAGAUCCUCUAUGACUGCCAAAAAUUUGGAGAACCUAAUGACUGUCAAACCAAAAUAUUCAGAACCCUGUUUUAAACAAAAAUUUGAUGAUGAUUUCUUGAAAAGAGCAAAAUCUGCUACUGUUAAUAAAUUUGCUAGUUAAUUGUGCUUGUUAUGAUUUAAUUGAAAGUUUAUUAUUAUGUUCUGUAUUUACUCUAAUCAUCAAUCAAAAAUAAAUCUUCUUUCAAUAAAUGUAUACUGAUUUCUAAUGUAAUGGUCUUUAACUAUUUAGUUUUUGUAAUAAACAUAUGAGCAUUACACUUAAUUCCAGUCUUUCACCCCCUUUCCCUCUUUUGGGGUCUCCUCUUUUUUUAUUUUCUGAGGUUGGCACAUCUGCAUAUGAAUUCCUUUUAAAAUUAUUUUUCAUAUUUCCUCCUUGCUUUUUUGUGGGUUAUCCAUGAUUUUUAUUGCAGCAGUGUGCUUGCCACUCAAUUCCACGGAUAAUCGGGUUAUACUGUAUUUAACCUUAUGUCUUAAUCAGGGAUGCAGAAAAUUCUCAGAGCCUAAUAUUAUCCCAGAAUACAGUUUGUUUGGUUUGAAAUUCCUUGCAAAAUUAUAAAGCUUUUCUUUUUAUAGUUAUAAUAACUUUUUCAAAGGAAUUUUAGAAAGAAAGUAUAAAUUUUGUUAAAAUUUUUUGAUAAAUACUCCUUUUUAGUUAAAAAAAAAAAAAAAAGUUUGAUUUUUCGUAGUGCAUGAAUAAACAGGAAAAAUAUUGUCAUGCAAAAGAUUUUUUUACAAUAAAAUUUUUUUUAGUCUUUUUAUUUUUAUUUUUAAAAUUAGACCAAAGAUUUUCAGAGUAGUUCCCGAUCCUUGUUUGUGUGAUUGGACAUAUUCUGAACGCAUGGUCUUAAUUAAAAUUAUGUUCCUUUUUGUACAGGAUCUCCAAUUAAAUCGAGUAUCCAUUGAAGAAGUGACAGAAAAAGCAGGGCAUGUUGGUGCAAAGCCCA